AUGUCUUCCAUCUCCAUCAAACCCCCAAAAGUCCAUUCUACCGCUGGACACAACUGUGCCCCACCAAACGACUUCAUAAUCGGCACAUGGCACGUAACCCACUCCACCCUCCCGCUAUGGAAAAACAAGCGCAACGUCAACAUCACCUACAAGCUCCUCCCCGCAGAUUCAGCCGGGGUCCAAAAGCUAGAUGACCUGGUCCAAUAUCAAGGCAUUGACUCUGAGAAAAUCAAAUCUGUCCAUGGCAUCGACACCCCAACGCCAGGGAAUCCCGGCGCAUGGGAUUGGCGUGGCAAAGGCUGGCUGAUUAUUGCGAGUUCGCAUUGGGAGUGUCUUGGGUUCGGGGGCGAUGAUGAGAAGUGGAUUGUCACGUACUUUGCUAAAACGAUCUUCACGCCUGCUGGUAUUGAUAUCUACUCUCGGGAUAAGGAGGGGCUUUCGGAGAGUACUGUCGAUCAGAUACUCAAUUCUCUUAGGGGGCUUGGGAUCAAGGAGAUGACUGAUCUUGCUGAUAGCGUUUUUCGGAUUCCUCAUAACUAG